AAGAGGCCACGUUCAGCAUUCUAUCACAUUCCCGUUCUCCUACACACAUUCCUUUUGUAGUUUUGUUUGGUCUCUGUUUUAUUAUCCAGUUCACUGACUAUUUGCUUGUGUGAAACGGGUAACCGCUUAUAAUGGGGAUGUUUGGAAGUGACGACGAGGAGAAGAAGGAGGAGUCAGGGGGUGGUUCUGAUGGAGAUGAAAAAGAAGAUCAAAUUUUUGGGCCUACCAUAAAGAUCCUGGUAAAGAAAGCAACAAACCUCAAGAAUGUUCUGAAGUUUGGUACUAUCGACCCUUAUGCUGAAGUUUCUUUUGAGAAUUACACGAAGAAGACAAAAGUUCAAGAUGACACCAAAAAUCCCGAAUGGAAUGAGGAGCUCAUCUUUCCUAGAGCUAACUCCGACUCAGUCAAAGUGCAAGUUAAGAUAUUCCACCAAGAAUCUCUGGGAAAGGACAAAUUGCUAGCGUACGGUACGGGUAAUAUCACUGGCUACACGAAGUCUGACUGGCACGAUAUCGAGAUCAAACUAAUAGACUCUAAGAAGAGAGCGACUGAGGGGGUAGUAAGUCUGGGUGUUGGAGGUGGUGGAGAGAAAGGUGGAAACGCAGAUGAGGAAGGAGGGGAGGAAGGGGAAGAAGAGGAGGAUGAAGAUGAAGAAGAGGAACUCCAAGCGGAUGGUACCCCAGUCCCUGGAUCUAAAAAGAAACGGAAGAAAAAGAAAAAAAGAGGAAAACCCGGCAUGUCGACCGCCGUUGAGGAGGCAAGAGCCAAGAUUGAUUUCGGUUCGUUAUCGACCAAACAAGAAACAUUCCAGAUCAGAUUCGUUGUACACAAAGCCAGGCAGUUAAAAGGGAGCAUCGAAACUCCUAUUGUGCGUAUGAGUUUGGACAGCAAACUACUACGAACCCAGCCAAGACAUGGCAAAGCUCCCAAAUAUAACGAGACCGUCAUAUUCUCUGUAACAAAAUCGGAGAAAGAUCUUCUCAACCUACCUAUUGAAAUUGCGGUUUUAGACACGUCUAAAGAACCGCCCUACAACAUGAUCGGACUUUACAAUUUAGAUCUCACUGUUGCCUUCACUGAGAAGGAUAAGCUUCUCGAUUACAAGUGGUUUGCUAUCAUUGAUCCCGACGAGCCCCAGGAGGGCACAACGGGUUAUGUAAACGUGUCGAUCCAGAUAAUCCCACCAGGAGCAUCCUACAAGAAGCUGUCCAAAAAGAGUGACACAGAGAUAGACGUAGCUAGUAAUGUGUUCUACCCUCCAGGCAUCACCCUCCAACCCGGCCAGUUCACUGUCAAACUCUACACUGGCGAGGAUCUUCCUCAAAUGGAUUCAUCGACUCUGGCUAGUGUUAAAAACUUCUUCUCCAGCGGGGAAAAGCCAGAAGACCUGGUGGAUCCCUUCGUUCAGUUCGAGUUUGCAGGAUCAAAGAUAGAGUCGUCUACUCAGUACGGUACAUUCGACCCGGUGUGGGGACAGAAACUCGUUAUUCAUGGCCAGUUCCCGUCCAUGGCGGAGAAAUUUGUUGUCCGAGUCAAGGAUAGUGAUGAUUUUGGAGGUGACGACCUGAUAGCAACAAAAUUGCUCAAAAUGUCCCAGAUUUCGUUUUCCUCUACUAACUCAGACCUUGGGUUCCAGCCAACAUUUGGCCCAAGUUACAUUCCACUGUACGGAGCUCCCAGAGAAUUCACGGAGUUCUCCGGAAAAUACGAAGAUCUUAAUAAGGGAGAUGAGCCUGGAAUCGCCUACAGAGGUAGAAUUUUGAUGGAACUAGGCUCAAAUAUGGGAGAACCAGACCCAGCUCUCAAAAACAAGUCGAACAUACCUCAAAACGAGAGUGAUGAUGUGAUGUCAAGCCUGAGGCGACACAAGUACCACUUGUUCACAUCGUUUGACACUGGUAACAUGAUCAGAGAGAAGGACAGUCAGGUAGAGUUUGAGGUGAGUAUCGGAGAUUACGGAAACAGUCUCUCAAUGAACGGCAGCACCCACCCUUCCACCACUCAACCUUGUAAUGCAGUGUACGAUGGUACUCACUACUACUUCAUGCCCUGGUCGUCUUCCAAACCGGCAGUAAUUAUACAUUCGGAGUGGGAGGACGUGGAGUUUAGGGUGGAGACCUACAACACUAUGAUGUGGACUCUGGAAUACAUGGAAGAAGAAGUUAGGAAGUUUCAAAUCAUUGAACUCGCCAGAGCAAAGCAAUCUGAUCUAUCCACAAAAUGUAAUGAAAUGAUCCAAAACCUGAUAAGCGAGCUUACGGGUCUCGCUCUUCCGGAACCUCCAGAAAACGCCACUAAACUCGAUAGGAAUCUGCACAAAUUGCGCCUUUUCCAAAUUGGAUUGGUUAAAAAUUUAGAAGAAGAAACUCCCGAGUUUGUUGGUAUCAACUUGGACCGUCUUGAUGAUGUGGUCAUCGAUAUUGACGAUGAAACAAAGCUUGAUCAAAUUGAAGAAGAGGAGGAGGAUGAUGAAGCUGAGGGUGCUCUGAUAGAACUGAGUGAUGAUGAAGAUACCUCGGAUCUGCCUAUGCCAGCCUCGGGGUCCUUGAAGGACGAGGAAGAUGAAGAGAACACCAAUGCUGUGUUCUUCGAUUGUUGUCUUGAUGAACUGGAAGCUAUGCAAUCUGGAUGCCUACAAAAGGUGGCACCUGAAAAAAAGCUGAGUCGUGUUGCAAAUGUCAUAUCAAAGUUCAAAUCACUCUGUUUUGAGCCUCAAAUUAGCGUCCCCGAUGUUUUCAUCUGGAUCAUGAGUGGAACGAGCAGGAUUGGCUACACUAGGAUCCCCAUCCAUGAGAUUCUAUACACUGAGAAUGAAAGGGGACGAGGUAAAAACUGUGGCAAAACUGGGUCCUAUUUCCUGAAGAAGCCCAUGAAAGAGAAGAUCGGAGCCCAUCUCUCCAUGAAUAUCUGGUUUGGAAAGUUUGAACACGUCGCCAGUGCAUUUAAGACGCCCUCUGGAUCAGAAGUAACUGUGUUUGCGGAAACUUAUGAAAAUGAGAUGAGCGUAUGCGGAAGCUGGACUACGAAACUUCUCCCCAGACCAAAGUGGUCGGAUAGUACUGGCAAGUACGAGAUCACCAAAGAUUCGUUUGAACCACCAGAAGCAUGGAGGUUUGACGGGGAUUGGAUUAUCCAGGUGGAUAAAGCUAUUUCCUUUGACAAUGAGCGUGGCUUAACAGUUUUCAGAGAGACCGUGUUUCAAGGACAAACCAGGAAGCCCGGUGCAAAGUGGACCGCCUCCUCCACUGACACUUGGUGGCAGGACGAGAAAGGGGACGACAGUCCGCCAAUGGAUGAGAUACCUUGUAAAGAGGGGUGGAAGUGGACUACUGAAUGGUUACUGGAUAUCCAGAGAGCGGUUGACAGUGCGGGAUACGAGUAUACCGAUGAGGCGGAUAUGGGGAGUUAUGGACCAGUGGAGAGGAACUACCAUCUAGCAAGGAGGAGACUCUGGGCAAGAGUUAGAGAGAGAACUGGCGCAGAAACCAAAGUGGGUUGGGUGAAAUUUGAGGCUAAAGAGGACGAAAGGGACCCAGAGGGCUGGGAGUACAGCAAACUAUUCACCACCAAAUUCCAUCUGAAAGAGAAAACAUUCGAUAUGGUCCGAAGAAGGAGGUGGAACAAAAAGCUUGUGAGCGAGGUUCCGGUACCCAUCACAUUUACUGUGUAUAAGGAUCUGGAUGACAAGGACAAAGACGACGCAGAAACGUUCAACAUAGCUCCUCGUAUCAUGACAGAGUAUCCGGCCAACAACGUGAAGAAGUACCAGCUGAGAGCAUACCUCUACCAAGCCAGGGGUCUCCUGGGAGCUGAUGCUACGGGCUACUCCGACCCAUACGCUAGGAUUGUGUUCGGAAACCGAAGUGGUGUGACAAAGGUCAUCAAGCAGUCCUGUAGUCCCAUGUGGGAUACUACCAUCAUGCUGGAUAACAUUGAGAUCUGUGGAGACAAGGCAGAUAUUGCUAGAAACCCACCAAAUGUAGUUAUAGAGGUGUUCGAUGAGGAUGCACUGCACCAAGGUUUGCAUGAUAAAAUGAAGAAGAUUAAAAGCAAAAAAGAUGCACUGUCAGUAGAUUUAGCAGCAGGACAGAUUCCCUCACAUGUGCAGGCAAAACUUAACAGCACUCCCGCAGCCUUCGUAAACCACGACAAACUAGGAAGGGUUGUGUGCACCCCUACCAUGAUCAAUGCUCCUUACCAACUAGAAUCUGGUACUCAUCUACAGUGGUACUCCAUUGCUGGGGUUAAAAAGUCUAAAGGCGAGCUCCUUGCCGCUUUCGAGCUUUACGAGAUCGGAGGGAGCGAGCUUCCACCUUUACCGAGAAUGGAGGGGAACACUAAGUUUGUUGUUCCCGAUAACAUCCGACCAAAGUUGGCACGUACCAGAGUCGAAUUUCUGACCUGGGGUCUGCGUGAGCUAGAAGAUUUCAAACUGUCAGCAGUGGAUUCUCCACAUCUUGAGAUUGAAGUUGGUGGAGAAGUGUUAACUAUGGAGAAGAUCAAGAGUGUAAAGAAGCACGCAAACUUCAAGAACCCCCAGAACUAUAUUGAUGUUAUGUUACCAGUUAACGAGCUAUACUUGCCUCCCAUCAAUAUACGUGUGUUAGACAACAGGAACUUUGGAUACACCCCUCUAAUAGGAGUCUGCUCGAUCAAAGAGUAUGGUCAAUAUAGAACUACAUUCCAGGCUCUCAUGGAGCUGGCUGAGCAUAUGGAAACACUGAAAAGGAACGCUGGCAAAGAGAUGAACCUAGAGGAUCCUACCACAGCAAGCACCACCGACCUUUCAGCUUCAAUAACAGAGAUAGACUGUAGUGUUCCCACAGUAGAGAGCGGAGAAGUGAAAGAAGUGUCAGUAGAAGUAGUACAGCCAGGCCAGGUUGAUGCAGUCGUGCUUGAAGUUGGUGAUCCUGAACCUGCUGGUGAGAAGAAGGCAACUCUGAUGACUAAAUCACAAUCGACGGAGCAACUUAUAGAUAACGAUGAACUAGCGGGAAUCGCUGAUGACGAAUUAGACAGAGGUAUACCCAUGGUUGUUAUCCGCAACCCUAAUUCUAACGCUCCUCAACCCUCUGCCGACAAGACACCUGUAGAAACACCAGCUGUUAAACCAGCUGAAGAGGCUUCAAAACCGACCACAAGAAAAGAAAUACGUCAACAAAACAAGGAGGAAGAAACGAAAGCAGCUAAUCCGGACGAUGUUUUAGUAUCGGACUGGUGGAGUAAGUACUACGAGUGUGUCGGAAAUGAUCCUAGACUGAAGAGAAUAUUCAAAGAACGGGACCUUCCCAGAAUUAAGUUAUACGAGAAAGAACUCGAGAAGGUAUUUAACUUUAAUGAUGUGAUGCAGAACAUCCCUAUUGUAAAGCCAGAUAACGAUAUAUCUGACGAUGACAGUAGUAGUGACGAGGAAGAUGAGGACAAAGAGUCAAGACAUAGAGUCGGAUUUUUCAAGGGAUCUCUCAAGAUUUACGAGAUCACUGAAGAAAUGUACAAAAGUGUCCAAGUUGAGAAGAAACCUCCGAAGCUCCUCUUCUCAAACCUUCCCUCAAAUCAGUCGAUGGAUGUUUUGAUCAGAGUUUAUGUAGCUGCUGCAGUGGGUCUAACACCUCUAGACUUCGGAGGUAGUGUUGAUCCUUAUCUCUUGGUUAAGUGUGGCAAAACUACCAUCAGUGAUAAAGACAAAUAUCUUACUAAAGAUGUUAACCCUAUCUUCGGAAGAAUGUUCCAGAUCCGAGCGAAGCUGCCUCGGGACAGCAAGUUGUCAAUCAAAGUAUACGAUCAUGACCUGAUCGGAGCUAACGACUUGAUAGGAUCCACAACAGUUGAUGUUGAGGACAGGUACAUGUCCUGGAGACGUGCCUCUUGUGGUGUUUCUCAGCAGUACAUCAAAACACGAACUAGCAAGGAUCGAUGGAGGGACAAUUUAAAACCAGUGGACCUCUUGAAGCGUAUGUGUCUACUCAAGGGAUGGACAUCUCCGCAGUUUAGGAGAGAUUCUAACGGUCUUAAAGUUAUUGUUGGAGGAGAAACUUACCAAUUAGAGAAGAAGAAAUUAGGUCCAAUGAAGCUGAACGGAACGAGCGAAGCUGCUGAACCUGCACCCGUAAAAUUACCAGCCUCGGAGAGAAACGAACUAGCAAUCCAAGUCCUGCACCAGAGUGGCGUCACCCCUGAACAUAUUGAGACUAGAACUUUGUACAAUGACGACUGUCCUGGUAUUCCUCAGGGCAAGCUUCACAUGUGGAUUGAUCUCUUCCCUUACAAUGAAAGCAUUCCAGCUCCUAUUGCUAUAAAUCCCAGAGAGCCUCAGAAGUAUAUUCUUCGCUGUAUCAUCUACAAUACUGAAGAUGUCAUACUGGAUGAGACGAACAUAUUGGGAGAAUCAAUGUCAGACAUCUACGUUAGAACAUAUCUAGAAGGAAAGAAGAAGGACAAACAAGAGACAGAUACCCACUACAGAUCACUAACCGGCGAGGGUAACUUCAACUGGAGAAUGGUCUAUCCACUGGACUUUAUCAUACAGGAGAAUAAGAUGAUCCAGAAGAAAAAGGGUAAAUUCUGGCAUAUUGAGAAGACUGUUAUGAAAGUUGAUCCAAUCCUGCAUCUGGAAGUCUUCGAUAAGGAUGUUCUCAGUAGAGACGACAAAUUAGGAUGGGCUCAGAUUGAUUUGACGAGAAUUCCUGCCCCCACUAAAACCGCUAAAGAGUGCUCUCUUGACGUGUAUGAAAACGAAAAGGCGCACCCUCGAAUGUCCCUGUUCGAGAAGAAGAAAAUCCAAGGGUUCUGGCCUGUUUAUGACGAUUCUUUGGGAACCAGAGAACUAACUGGUAAAGUAGAGAUGGAAUUAGAGAUACUAACAGAGGAAGAGGUAGCCGAGAGACCUGCAGGAAAGGCGAGGGAUGAUCCAAACUCCAACCCCACACUCGAACCACCCAACCGCCCAGAGACUUCUUUCAACUGGUUCACAAACCCGUGGAAAGUGUUCAAAAUCCUGAUUUGGGGACGAUUCAAGUGGCAUAUUAUCAUCGGCUUGCUAAUUAUUCUUCUCGUCCUAUUUGUCGUCCUAAUGGCUUACACUGCACCGGAGGCAAUAAACAACGCAAUUUACGGAAGAUAAGCUCCGUGGACUCAUAUUAAAAUGUAGUUUUUAUCGUGUUAAUUCCUAUUUUAUUCUGACUUUAAAUUUGGAUUUAUAGUUUUGUUAAACACUCAAUAUGAUAUUUUGGUAAAGCAUGUUUAUAGUAGUCUUAAUGUUUAGAUAUAAAUGUAACAUAUGAUUUUUAAUAUGUAUUUCAUUAAUUAUUAUUAUGGAAGUUAAGUUUUGUGAAAGUGAAGUUUUGUAGAUAACUAGUUUUGUAUAUCCUUUGCAAUGAUUUUAAAUUUUUAUUAGUCAAAUCAAAGAUGGGUUUGAAUUCAACUGCAAUUUUUGUUAAAUAUUCAACUAUUUAGAUACCAUUUAAUCAUUUUGUGGCUGGUUUCCAUUUUCCAAUUAGGUUUUACUUUAAAAUAAUUGAAGUACAGUUUUAACUACCAACUAUGUGCGUUGCUUUUAAAACAAAUUUUGUUACAUUCGACCUUGUUAAUAAUUAUAUUCAAUGAUACUAUAUAGAAAAUUUGAGGUUGGAUUCUUUAAACAAACACGUUUUUUUGUAUUCUUAUGGAGUAAUAAAAAAAUUCAAGUUAUGGU